AUGCAAGACUUGCAAAGUCUAGAGCUGUCUCCUUUCGAAUGGCAUGAUGAUAACUCCAUCCUCAGAAGAUUUGGUGGCGAAGGUCACAGCUCAUACGCAACGGCAGAUGACGGUGAUGAUAGCUCACAAGACUCUCCACGCAUCUACAAUGGCAUUUUCAAGAAAAGCAACGACGGCCAGGUUGACGCGAGACAACCAACGAGUGAUACAGUAGGAGCCAACAAAUCUGAAGCAAACAAUCGCACGACACUACAGAGGAGCAAGGUAGACGAGUCGGCUGAGUCGGGCGGAAAACGGGCAAAUAAUGCGAGCAGAGCACAUCGCAUGUCAAUUAAUUCCGCACAGCAGCAUGCCUUGUCUCAGGAUUCAGUUGCAUACAGUGCUUUGCAAAAGGUCUCUCAACGGAACGUUUCGGCACCUCCUCUGUCAUGGACAAAAUACCAAACACGGAAACAGAAAAACAAAUCGGCAAACUUGGUCAAGCCUCAACCGAAGAGGGGUAUGGCCAGUGAUCACCAUAGACCCGGACAGCCGAGUCUUCGAGUAUUGACCGAGAACAAUGACGUCCGUUCCAUUAGUUUCCCGGCAAAGAUGGGUGACUUGGUAGAGGCUGUACUCACGAGAAUAAUUCCCUCGCGCAAAUCGUCAAACGAUUUGAAGCAUUCGAGUUCGGAACCAGCAGCUAGCAAGAUUUUGCCGUUGGAGCCUCUGAGAAUUAACGAAGGCCAGACUUCCCCGGUCUUGGGCGAAAUUGAGAUGUUUCGGCCUGCGCGAUAA